AUGAUUGAGCACACGGUUGUGUCGCGCCUCGAGGGUAGCUUGGUGCUCUGCGCCUCGCUCGAGACUAGAGAGUUAGACCCUGAACUGAACGAGGUCAUCAACAAGGCCAAGCUCGUACAGCGCCGUCUCAAUCGGAAUUCGGAGCCUCAGGGCAGCAUCGAGAGCGGAAAAUACACAUACCACUACUCCAUAAACGACCGUGGAGACCUCGCCUUCCUUUGCAUAUGCAACCGCGCCUACCCCCGUAAACUCGCAUUCACCUAUCUCUCCGACCUACAGACCGAAUUCGAGAACAACUACAAGCCUGACGCGUACAGCAGCCCCACACUGCGACCGUAUGCUUUGAAUGGCUUCGACAAGUAUAUACAGCAGACAAAGGAGACGUAUCAGGACGCGCGCGCGACCCAGAAUCUGGACAAGUUGAACAGCGAGUUGAAGGACGUGACCAAAGUCAUGACCAAGAACAUCGAGGAUCUAUUGUACAGAGGAGACAGCCUGGAGCGCAUGGGCGACAUGUCGAGUCGAUUACGGGAAGACAGCAGGAAAUACAGAAAAGCCGCCGUGAGGAUCAAUUGGGAGCUGCUACUGAAGCAGUACGGUCCUUUUGGUGCCCUCGGCCUCAUCAUAAUCUUCUUCAUCUGGUGGCGGUUCUUGUAG